UGUGUGUGUGUGUGUGUGUGAGACAGAGAGAGAGGGAGAGAGCGAGAGAGAGAGAUCUUAUCUGAAAACGCAGUAAAUGUUUAUUUCAUGCCGAGAGCAACACACACCUUUACUGCUGCAAUUUUGGAACUUAAUUAAACAGGAAAUUCCGGUUUUAGCUUCAUUUAUUUAUUUCAGCUAACGGCUCUGUCUCUUCCUGACACUUCUGGCACCACAUGAAUGAGUCUUUCAGACUCUUCCCCUGAUUCCAAUGGCUUUGGUUCUGCCAAUUACAAGAUACGGGUAGAAAAUCAAAUUGUGGAAGGAAAACAGAGAAACCUCCAGUCUCUAUUUGGAAACAUCACGAAUGGGCAAGGCUCCAUUUCCGGAGAAUCUGAAGAGAAAGGAUGGUACUACCUACCCAGGAGCAGUCCUGUAAUAUCUCGAAGUCAGGAGAAGAAAAUGAAGAAACUGAGAAAUAAUAAAGUUUUUCAUGAACACACAGAUGAAAGCCUUCAAAAAAGGCAGGCACCUUCUUGGGUUGGACUUUUGAAAACACCCCAGAAUAUUUUUCCAGAAGAACAAACAAUUCCUACUCCUUCAACUUCUCAAGUUUUGCUUUUGGAUUCACACUGUGCUCCAGCAGUCACGGGUGUAAAAUGUUCUGACAAGCAAAGAAACCUGUCACUUGGAUCUUCAGAGUCCCAAUCUUCUUCAUGUGAGGAACAUGAACUUCUAAACACUGGAGCUUCACCACUGGAAAAAGGAAACCUCACCUGCUUGAACAAAUGUGCUGAGCACGAAGAGCAAGUCUCUGAAGCUAUCUACAGGAACAGCGUGAACCUCGACGAGGAGAAUGCUCACUUUGUAGUGGUGGAUAUGGUGCUGGAGGUUCUAGAGGCAGCGAAGUGGGCUGUGUCCCAAAAACAUUCAGACUCCUUUUCCUCAACUGACAGUGGCUAUGAAGAACUUUGUGACCACAGACGAUCCAGCAGACAAUCCAGCAGAAGUUCUCACACUUCACUUGGCAGAUGUUCAGCAGAAAUUCUUGCACAGAACUUGCUCAUGGAACUUGAGAGGUGGUGGAUUUCCUCAGAAGAGCUGCUGGGGGAAUUUCCCCUGGUUACUGUGUCCACGUCAGGAGGUGAAGCCAGCUUGAGUGACGAAAUCCGUCAGAAAAGCCGGAUGAGAGGGACACUGAUCUGGACUCCACCCGAAUUUCAGAUAAUAUCCAGUGUGAAUCCGACACAGAGACGCAGUGAGGUCAUUGCCUCUCAGCACUUCCUGUGUGCUGGCUGUGGGACAGAAAUCGAGCCGCGGUACAUGAAAAGAUUGCGAUACUGUGACUACCUGGGCAAGUAUUUUUGCGAUUGUUGCCAUGGCGUUGGCGAAGCCAUAAUCCCUGCACGUGUUUUGAGACACUGGGAUUUUGGACGUUACCCAGUGUGCCAGUUUUCCAAGCAGCUAUUGGAGUCCAUUUGGGAAAAGCCACUGUUCAAGAUCACAGAUGUAGCCAAGAACCUGUACUCCCAGGCCAAGGAGCUACAGAAAUUCAGGGAGAUCCAGGAGCAGAUGCUUUCCAUUAAGAAGUUGCUAAGAGCAUGCAGACUAUCUGAAAUGAUCCUGGACGAGUUCCAGCAGCUUCCAUCCCACCUGAUCGAAGAGCUCCACCUUUUCUCCAUGGAUGACCUCGUCAAGAUCAAAAGGGGUCAGCUUCUUACCACGGCAAAGGCAGUGAUGCGAUCUGCAACAAACCAUGUGGAGACUUGUGAGCUGUGUCAAGCCAAAGGCUUUAUCUGUGAGUUCUGUCGUGGAAAGGAUGUGCUCUUCCCCUUCCAAACAGACAUCUGCACACGCUGCAAAGAGUGUAGAGCUUGUUUCCACACUUCCUGUUUUCGAGAUGAAGCGUGUCCUAAGUGCGCCCGACUCCAAAUCCGAAGAGUUGCCAGGACAUGAAAUGAUAGGAUAAUAAUAAUAAGAAGAAGAAGAAUUCAUGAAAUGCUCAAUGACUUCCAAAUGUACAGCAAAAACCUCAUUGAAGA